AUGUUACAGAAUCAGUGUAAAAUAGAACGUUUUAACAAAAAGCAUCCAAGAAAAAAACAAAGAUUCCCCCAUACCAACCAUUCAAUGGACACAGUUGUCAGUAAAAACAAAGACGAGUCGGCUCCCCACAACUCAAACACCGGUAAGAUCCUUGGUGGUCUUAUAGGCGGAGCGGUCGGCGUCGCCUUAAUCUGUGCUAUUCUCUGCUAUGUGGUACUUCGUCGACAGGGACGCUACAAUAGAAAAAAGCGAACACUACAGAGAACCAAAGUACGGUUCAAUGACGCCAUGCUCGAAAAAGAGCUCGACCUGCCUGUCUUCGCGCCCCCUGUGCGGGCAGCCCAGUCGGUGGAUAAUGUGUUGGUUCCGGCGCCCCCACCGCCUAGAACAUGA